UGUAUUAUUACUACUUUUUGAUGUUUUGGUACACGUCAGUGUCUAAAUUUAUGUUGUUUUCAAUGAUUUAAAUUGUUAAUAAAACAUUAUCAACACUUCUGAAUCUUUUUUCAGUCGUAUUCCUCUGUUUUCGGUGAGCAAAUCUGUAAAUCUCUACCACGAAUGGCCUACAACUACGAUGAAACACACAUUUUAGGUUAUGCUAAACAAUUUUAUGAGCUACCCAAUUAUUGUUUGAUUCGCUGAAAUUUCAUGUUGAUGUGGCGAUGAAUCGAUUUUGAAGUGCUCAUGUUCUUAGCUAAAUUUUUGAAGAGUUUAAUACUGAAUUACCGACAAAGUAAUAUCGGUGGGUAUUGAUUUUAAACUUGUUUCUAGUCUGUGCAUGCGUUAAAGUCAACAUAUUGACUAUUGAAUGUAACUGUUUGUUUUGGUUUAUGACAGAUAUUGUUGUGUUUAUUGAUUUGCAAUCGAUCAUGUGUUGAUAAUGUGAACAUACCAAUAAUAGUGUGUCCUCCAUAUUGAUUGUAUCGUAUAUACACGUUAACUGCGCUAGCUCUAUAGACUAUAGUAGGUAAAAUGGAGACGGACGGUGCAUUCAGAAAACGACCCAAACCAGGGGUCUCUGGAGAGGGAAGCGACCUGGCGGAGGACCAAGUACCUCUAGUGGACAUUGUCGAUGGAGCCGCGACGCAAAGCACGGGUGACCGGGCUUCGUCGCGAAGCACGGUGCCUAGUCUAGAUGGUGACCGGUUGAAUUUGGCAAUACUGUUUGGGUUGUAUCUGCUGCAAGGUAUACCUCUGGGAUUAACAGCCGCUGUGCCUAUGUUGUUGCUCAACAAGGGGUCUACUUAUAAACAACAGGCCGAAUUCAGUCUAGUCUACUGGCCGUUCUCUCUUAAGCUGCUGUGGGCCCCCCUGGUUGACGGUCUCUAUUGGGCUCGCUUCGGCCGCCGAAAGACAUGGCUGGUGCCCAUCCAAUAUCUGCUCGGCGUAUUUAUGAUGCUUCUCUCUCACAGCGUCGACGAGUGGAUAUCACAGCUGUACAUCAACCGACUCACCGCCUUAUUUUUCGCACUGAACUUCCUCGCCGCCACACAGGAUAUAGCCGUCGACGGAUGGGCUCUAACUAUGCUUAAAAGAUGCAACGUUGGAUACGCUUCGACUUGUAACACCGUGGGACAAACGGCCGGAUAUUUUUUCGGCUACGUUUUGUUUAUAGCUUUUGAGUCGGCCGAAUUUUGUAACAGCUAUAUCAGAUCCACUCCACAGCCACAGGGAAUCAUCACUUUCUCAGGUUUCCUUUACUUCUGGGGCUGGACAUUUAUGGUGUCGACCACACUGAUCGCCAUCUUUAAAAAGGAAGCGAUGACUCCCUCUAAUGGCAGCUCACCAAAUGACCGACAGCUGACCGUCAAACAGACCUACGUCCAACUCUGGCAUCUGUUGCUCACUAAACCGGCCAUCAGACUGUUCGCCUUCAUACUGCUGACUGCUAAGAUAUGUUUCGGUACAAACGACUCAGUUUCUGGGUUGAAGCUAAUAGAAUACGGAAUUCCUAAAGAGAAGCUAGCCAUGUUGGCUGUUCCACUAAUACCCGUUCAAAUAGUGCUGCCUCUGCUUAUUAGUAAAUAUACUAAUGGACCUAGGCCUAUGGACGUUUAUCUGAGAGCCUAUCCUUAUAGAUUAAUGAUGAACAUAACAACCGGAAUUUUUGUGUGGUACACUCCCGGUGCUAAUAAAAUGAUCCCGGUCCAUUACUAUCUAUUGCUAGUGCUGAUGUACAGUCUGCACCAGAUAGCGUCAUACUCGAUGUUCGUGGCUUCGAUGGCAUUCUUUGCCAGUGUUAGUGACCCCGUUCUGGGCGGCACCUACAUGACCCUGCUCAACACGCUCUCCAACCUGGGCACCAGUUGGCCGUCCACACUGGCGCUGCUGGUGGUCGACUGGCUAACUACCAAGACAUGCAGCACCCAACCCGAGAACAGCUGUUGGGUCAAGGAGGAACAGGAGGCGUGCAAGUCGGCAGCAGGCGGCGCAUGCGUGGUGACUUGGGACGGCUACUAUGUGGCGCUGGCCGCGUCGACGCUGGUCGGCGCCGUGUGGUACUGGUGGGCGCAUCGACGCAUCCGGCGACUACAGUCCAUGGACAGUGCCAUGUGGCAUCAUUGCGAUAAUACCAGCAGUGCCAACACCAAGCAUAGCAGGUAGCAACUAAUGCCUGUGUGAGGUUGAUGGGGAGUGGGAGGAGGAGGAGGAGAAGAAGAAGAGGUGGUGGAGGAGGAGGAUGAUGAUGAUGGUGAAGAAGAGGUGGAGGUGAAGGAGGAGAUAGGAGAAGGAGAGGAAGAGGAAGAGUAAGAUGAUGAUGAAGAAGAAGAAGAAGAAGACAGGAGAAGGAGAAGAGGAAAAGGAUGAAGAAGAAUAAGAAGAAGAAGAGUGUUAGGAAAUGAAGGAGGAUGAGGAGGAGAAGAAGAAGGAGA